AUGGACUCGGAUAGUUUUGUAACCGCCAGCGCCAUCUUCGGCGUUGUCGUGCUCUUCCGCAAUGUCUUGGAAUCGAGUUUGCUUGUCACCGUUCUCGCGGCUCUCACUAGCUUUUUCGCUAUCAGGUACACCCUCGCGCUCCGGGCUCGACAAGCCUAUCCACCUGGCCCAUCUGGCUGGCCAAUAAUAGGCAACGCUCUGCAGAUUCCUCAAGUUCGACCUUGGCUGACCUACUCGGAGUGGGCAAAAACUUAUGGAGACCUUGUCCAUCUCGACGCAUUUGGCGAGCACCUCGUUGUGAUCAAUUCUAUUGAGGUGGCGAAGGACCUACUCGACAAGCGGUCUACAAUCUACUCAGACCGACCGCGUUUUGUUAUGGCAUGUGAGCUGUCAGGGUAUGGCGAAGAAAUGGUGCUGCUAUCCUAUGGCGACGAUUGGCGUGCACAACGCAAGCUCGUCGUGCAGUCAUUCACUCAGUCGCUUGUGCCGCGAUACUAUUCAAUCCAGGAGCAUGAGGCCCGCAGACUUGUCCAGGGAGUCAUGCGGGAUCCCAGCACGCUUGUGAUGCAGACUAAAGGUGUGCUAAUGGGGCAUAGACGGAUCGCGGCUAUCAUCAUGCGCGUCACAUAUGGAUACGAGGUGGAGGGCGAGAAGGACAAGAUGAUCAAUACUUCGUUCGAGGCGAUGGACAACUUCAGCCAGGCGACGGAACCGGGUGCGUUCAUGGUCGACCUCAUUCCUGCCCUGAAAUACCUGCCCGAGUGGAUGCCUGGCACGUCGUUCCUACAGAUUGCGAAGAAGUGGAAGCAGUUGGAGUGGGAUGCAUCAUGGGUUCCGUAUCUAUGGCUGAAGAAAAAUCUUAAAACAGGAAACGUCCACUUGCCCAACUUGUGUGCAACUGUCAUCGAGAGCGGCGGCGGUGAGCUCUCAAAGGAAGACGAAGCUGCGUUAGUGUGGGGUGCGUCAUCGGGCCUGGGUGGUGGUCUGGACACGAACAUGUCUACUAUCUUCACGUUCUGCUCUGCGAUGCUGCGCUACCCGCACAUUCAGGCGAAGGCACAGGCCGAGAUAGAUGCUGUCGUGGGCCCGGACAGGCUUCCAUCGAUCAAAGACAGAGCUUCGCUUCCGUAUGUGCGAAGUCUGAUCACUGAAGUUUUCCGAUGGCAGCCUGCCAUACCUCUAUGUCUACCUCAUGCUUUACGACAAGACGACAUAUACAAAGGCAUGCUCCUGCCCAAAGGUUGUGUGAUCAUCCCCAACGUCUGGUACAUGCUGCACGACCCCGCGGAGUUCCCUGACCCGAUGGAAUUCAGGCCCGAACGCUUCGGCGGCGACGACGCGGAGAUGCAAAAGGUCACCGACCUGGCGUUCGGCUUUGGGCGGCGCUUCUGCCCCGGGUACCACUUCGCGGAAGGUACCGCAUUCGCGGUCAUCGCGACCUUGCUGGCGACGUGCACCAUCGUGCCGAAGCUUGACGCGCAGGGCAAGGAGAUCAUACCGGAACUGACGUAUACAAGUGGAACCAUCGUAUUCCCGGAGCACACUGAAUGCGAUAUCAAGCCACGUUCGGAACACACGAAGGCUAUGCUCGCUGAAGCGGUUGCGAAUCGGGAGUUUUGA